AUGCAUAUGCCCGCCGACCCGCAAGCGGCUGCACUCCUAUCCCACAUUUUGGCGCAGACGCGCGAGAAUGUCGAGUUCCUUGUCUCUAAUAACUACAUAUCAGCUGCGGACGCCGCAGACAUCUCAGCUCGUCUGGAUGCGCCUCGCAAUGACCCCAUGGUGAAUGGCGUCCAGACUAUGACCAUCGCAGAGGGCCCGCGUCGUGUGCCGCCGCCGCCGCAGAGGGCGCAGGCGCAGCGCGCAAGGGCGCUGUGGGCGUACAAUCAGAAUGGCCAGGAGCCCAAUGACCUGUCCUUCUCGGCGGGCGAGGUUGUCGAGAUCAUCGACGAGACCAACGUAGACUGGUGGACGGGCAAGUGCCGGGGCCGACAGGGUCUGUUCCCCUCCAAUUACGUAGAGAAGCUUGGGGCGAGCGGAUCGCCACCUCCGCCUCCGCAGCCUGUUCCUUUCGCGCCCAUGCCUUCAGCACAGGUGCAGCCCACGUAUUUCCCUCCUGUAGCUCAGAAACCUGCCUAUCGACCAUUCGGAGCUGCCCAUCAAGCUGUCAAUCAACCACCCCCUGCGGGCGUCAACACCAUCGGCUUGCAGCAAGAUCCCCAACAAGAGCAGAAGAAGAGCAAGUAUGGGAAGCUAGGAGAUACGAUGGCUACAUCCGCUGCUGGUGGAGUUGGCUUUGGUGCUGGUGCUGCUAUUGGAAGUGGAAUUAUUGGUGCAAUCUUUUAA